CCCAUGUAUCGCAUGUAUCGCCAACCAUGAUUUAGACUAGAGUUUCGCCCCGAUCGGCCUGAACCACUCCAGAGUUAACUUCUAGCCGUGGAUGUAUCCUUGUUGAAGCUCACAUCUACUCAAAGCCAUCUCCUCGCCGAUGCGCAUACCCUUUGCGACAAAGGAAUACCGUAGACAAAUACCUACCGGCCUAUCAUUUACCUUACCUUAGACUUUACCUAAAUUAUCGGCCAUUCACGUCACGACCCUCCCCGGGUUCUGUAUGUGCUAAUAACAGAACCACGCGCGAAUCUUCCUUAGUUGCAGGUCGUCACUAAAGAAAACCAUAUCUUUGACGGCUACUAGUCAGGCAACAACAUAUUCACUUUAUUCUUCUGUUGAGCAAACUCCCUUCUCAUCCUAGUAUAUCGCAACCCAAGAAGUCGACAGCUUCUCUCAUCCCUGUCAACGUCGCACUUGUUAGUUACGAUGAGUUAGGAACAUAAGACAAAAUUGAGAACAGCCACACCCCUCGAUUCCUCAUAGAAGGAAUCGCGUUUGUAAGUGAGAGUUGAGUUGAGGGUUGGAGGAGGAAAAAAAAGGAAAAGGAAAAAUCGAAGAGGGUAAAAUAGAAGAAGAAAAGCAAAUAUGGCGUCGAACGGGUUUCAUGCGACAGUCCUUCACCGUGCGGACGAUAAUCGAGGCGACGACGGUACGAAUGGUGGUGCUGGUGGUGUGGCUCCUACAUUGCAAUCGUCUGGAUCUAGAGAGUCAGGGUCAGGGUCAAGAUCAGGAUCAGAGUCAAGAAUCAAUAAUAUGGGGAUGGGGAUAGGGAUGUCGUUUACGGAUACGCUGGGACCACGUUUCUCCAAUUCCAACGCCAACGGCAAAACGAGCCUGAACAUGAACCCGAACCACUUGGACCGUCCGAACCUUGACGCCAAUACUAAUUCCAAUUCGAGUAUUAUUAGCCACGCAGUAGCUGGAACUGAAGCUGGAGCUGCUGGAGUCUCUGGGACCCGUGCAAGCGCAAAUCACGCUGCUCACGGCCACACCCACACCCACAAUGGGCACUCUGGUGGUAAGGGUGCAGACGGUGCAAGCAUUGGCGCAAGCAACAGAAAUAAUACUAGGAAUAGCACAUCUCCGACAGUCACGGCUACGGCCACGACGCAAUCGUUAGAUUUUCGUCAGCCCGCCGCCACAACCCAAACCACCAAACUCACCACAACCACUAAUUCUCCCUUAUUCCUCCAUUCUCCAUCACCAACGCCAAAACACAACUUCUCCGUCUCAUCCAUCACGACGCCUGCAUCACCACCAACGAUACCCGCGACGCGACCACCACCUAUUACUACUACAUCUCUCGCGCACCCCUUUAGUAACGCGUCGCAUCAUCAAUUAACAUCGUCAUCGUCGCCGUCCGCCAUACUGGGGAAUCCCUCAUCUUCCCUACCGCCUCUGGCUCCUCCGCCAGGAGCUUUGAGUUCGAUCAUGGCGUCGUCGUCCGCCAUGUCGCCGGCGAACGGUGCGAGUGCAUCGCCUCUACAGCCUCCCAAAACCUCGGGUCAUCUCUCGCCACCCGAUUACCACCAGCAUAGCAGAGAGAAGACGUCCGGGAGUUUCUAUGAUCCGCUUACUGAUACCACCAAGGAGCGAAGAGGAUCGGACAACUGGUCCAAGCAGCGAUCUGACCCGUAUGAUUUCCCUCAAACCAAGUCGGAAUCCAACCAAUAUUAUAAUGGUUACGGAUCACCUUCUCCAGUAAAUUCAAAAUAUCCACGAAGCCCGCAUUCGCACUCUCACCCUAAAAACGACGGCCGACCGACCAGCCCUUCUAACAAAGCCCUUAAUUUGGCAUCUCCCCCCUCGCGUCACAACCGUGCUGCACUGGAUCCCAUUUCUUCUACCAACCGCCACACUCCUACACCAGCACCUUCUCUACCUUCAAUAUUAAAUCCAGAGCCGACAUCAUCAUCAAAUACUCCGAGCCGUGCAGCGGAAUUAAUGUCCUUCUCCAACAUUCUAUCCAGUGCCGAACCCCUUCCAAAACCGAGGGCACCAAUCAUGGCUGAGCCUAAAGAGAAGCCCGCUCGUAAGAGCAAGGGACGCGAAUCGAUCCUCAAAGAGUCGGCGGCAGCCUCUAAGAAAGAGUCGCGUCGAUCUUCCGCGAACCAUGCUAAGGACACACCUACAAGAGCUCCCAAGAGACAGGCUAAUGGCCAGGUCAAGCCCAAGACCCUACCUGCGGAUAAGGAAAAGAAGAUUCAGGGCCUUAUCGACCAGUUAGAUGCCGAUAUGGAUAACGUCGAUCUGUCAGAACUGGAAGUUGAGGAAGAAUUUUAUCACGGACGCAUGAAGAAGCGUAGAUUGGAGCUAGAAGAAGAAGAGUCCGAAGACCAAGUUGCCCGACGAGGGGACUUGGCCGCCAGCCUGUCUGGCAAGUUACGUGAACAUGCCAGUUAUGGUAAGCGUCGAUACGACCAAGUACAUUACGAUGACGCUCUACAAGAAGUACGAGAACGCGAAAUAUUCGCCGAGAAGGAGCGCAAGAAGGACAUGCAACGCAAGCGUCGCAGGGAAAAGUCCAUGCAAGUUACUAUCGAGCAGAAGGAAGCCGCCUUGGCUAAGGCCCUCGCUGCAGAGGAUGAUGCCGAGCGAGCGAAGUACCUGCGUGACGCGGAGCGUGCCAACAAGAAGGCGCAGCAGACGAAGCUGAUCUUGCAGAAGGGUAUUAAGGGACCCGCUCGAAACCUGGCACCUCUUGAACUGAACCUGGAGGGUGGUACUAUGUCGACCUUCCAGGCUAACGACUUGGAGACCGGUUCCAAGUCUAAGGGUAAGGGCCGUAGCGGUAAUCGACCGAAGAAAUCCAAGGAGCAGAAACAAGCUGAGAAGGAUUCGGCCAUUGCCGCUCAAGCCGCCUUGGAUGCUGGCGAGGAAUUGCCUUCCAAAGAAGAGACUAAGAUUCGCAUCAAGUUGAGCAAAUCUACUACCAAAGAACCCAAGGAGAAGGAUAAGGAAGCUAAGGACACUCCUACAAAGGAACCCAAGGAGAAGGAGAAAUCUGUUGAAGAGCCACCUCUCAAUCCUCUCGAGCUGAAGUUCCAGUCUAAGGGUUACAACCAGAUUUAUGACCAGAUCUGGCGUGACCUCGCCCGCAAGGAUGUUCCGAAGACAUUCAAACUGGCUAGCGAUUCCUAUGCCACGAAGGCUUCCAACCUUAAGAAGACUGCUAUCCUGGCCUCGAAAGAAGCUAAACGAUGGCAACUUCGUACCAACAAGGGUACGAAGGAUCUCCAAGCCCGUGCUAAGCGUUGCAUGCGCGACAUGAUGGGAUUCUGGAAGCGCAACGAACGUGAAGAACGCGAUUUACGCAAAGCGGCCGAGCGACAAGAGCUUGAAAAUGCCCGCAAGGAGGAAGCUGAUCGCGAGGCUGCACGCCAGAAGAGGAAGCUCAACUUCUUGAUCUCGCAAACCGAACUGUACUCUCACUUCAUCGGCAAGAAGAUAAAGACGGACGAGGUCGAGCGAAGCACGGAUAACCCGGAUAUCGCACCGGAUGCUGCUCACGCCGUGUCUAAACCGAGUGACGUCGAUAUCAACGAAUCAUCGGAUGCCCCUGCCGGCAAAGUUACUGACUUCAGUCAGCUGAACUUCGAUGCCGAAGAUGAGGAAACUUUGAGACAAGCUGCGAUGGCGAAUGCCCAGAAUGCUAUUGCGGAAGCCCAACAGAAGGCACGAAGCUUCAACAAGACCGAUAAUGAUAUGGAUGAAGAUGGCGAGAUGAACUUCCAGAACCCGACCGGUCUUGGUGAUGUGACAGUUGAGCAACCGAAGUUACUGAACUGCCAGCUCAAGGAAUACCAGUUGAAGGGUCUAAACUGGCUUGCAAACCUUUACGAACAGGGCAUCAACGGUAUCCUAGCCGACGAAAUGGGUCUCGGCAAGACGGUCCAGUCUAUCUCUGUUAUGGCCUACCUUGCCGAAGUGCACGAUAUCUGGGGUCCUUACCUAGUAGUCGCCCCGGCUUCCACUCUACACAACUGGCAACAGGAAAUUGCGAAAUUCGUCCCCGAAUUCAAGGUCCUCCCGUACUGGGGUACCGCUGGCGACCGAAAGGUGCUGCGCAAAUUCUGGGAUCGCAAGCACAACACUUACCGAAAGGAUGCGCCUUUCCACGUCUUAGUCACAUCCUACCAGCUCGUCGUCUCCGACGUUGCUUACUUCGCUAAGAUGCGUUGGCAGUACAUGAUCCUUGAUGAAGCGCAAGCUAUCAAGAGCUCCCAAAGUUCGCGUUGGAAAUGCCUACUUGGCUUCCACUGUCGUAACCGACUGCUUCUCACCGGUACCCCUAUUCAAAAUAACAUGCAGGAACUCUGGGCCCUUCUUCACUUCAUCAUGCCUUCACUUUUCGACUCGCACGACGAAUUCAGCGAGUGGUUCUCGAAGGACAUUGAGUCUCACGCCCAGAGUAACACGACCCUUAACGAGGAUCAGCUUAGGCGGCUCCAUUUGAUCCUCAAACCGUUCAUGUUGCGUCGUGUGAAGAAGCACGUGCAGAAGGAGCUUGGUGACAAGAUUGAACAGGACGUUUUCUGCGAGCUUACCUACAGACAGCGCGCUUACUACAGGAACCUCCGAAACCAGAUCAGUAUCAUGGAUCUGAUUGAGAAGGCUACCCUUGGAGAUGAUCAGGAUUCGGGCACGCUCAUGAACCUUGUUAUGCAGUUCCGAAAGGUGUGCAAUCACCCUGACUUAUUUGAACGCGCAGACACGACGAGUCCGUUCUUUGCGGGUUACUUCGCCGAAACUGCCUCCUUUGUCCGCGAGGGAAACAAUGUUGCCGUUGGAUAUUCGACCCGAAGUCUUAUUGAUUAUCACUUGCCCCGCCUCGUUUGGACCGAAGGUGGUCGAUUGCAUAAGGCUGGGAAGGAUAAUGAGAAGGCUGGCUUUAAAAAUAAGUACCUGAACCAUCUUAUGAACAUCUGGACACCGGAAAAUGUGCGUGAAAGCACGUCUGGCAGCGAUGCGUUCUCCUUCCUCCGAUUCGCCGAUGCUAGCCCCGAGGAGGUCUAUAAGGCUAGCCAUCAGGAUGUGUUCACUCGGGCCGUGGACCUUGUCAAGAAACCGAACCGGCUUGGUCGGAUGAAUGUGAUGUACGAUGAACCCGACGAGGAGAACUAUACUCCCGCCCACGCGUUAUUCCGAAUUGCGGCGCGUUCGGAUCGCAAGCCCCUAGCCGAAGUCACGAGCGAAGGUGUGCUUGGCAAUCUCAUGAACAUUUCUCGGACAACAUGGCGGGAAUCUGGUCUGGGCCGACUUGAACAAGCGGCUCUGCCUGGUGCUACUGCUCCGCCUGUCGAAGUUUCAUGCGAGGGCACUAGAGCUCCUUUCGCCGAGCGUGAAGACACGCUGUUCAACGUCCGAAUGCGCAAGGCCUUGUAUGGACCUAAUGCUCCGGAAGAGAAGGCCCUCGUGCUACAGAACGUCCCGGUCGAGCGCUACCCGCCACCAGCGAUGCUUCCCCAGCCAGACGGCGAAAAGCGACGAUUUACAAAUAUUACCGUUCCUAGCAUGCGUCGUUUCGUCACCGACAGCGGUAAACUCGCUAAACUCGACCAGCUAUUAUUCAAGCUGAAGGAGGAAGGUCACCGUGUUCUACUGUACUUCCAGAUGACGAGGAUGAUAGACCUCAUGGAGGAAUAUCUUACCUACCGCAACUACAAGUAUUGUCGACUUGAUGGUUCUACGAAGCUAGAGGAUCGUCGUGACACUGUUCACGAUUUCCAGACCCGACCUGACAUCUUCGUCUUCCUGCUUUCGACCCGCGCUGGUGGUCUUGGUAUCAACCUUACAUCUGCCGAUACAGUUAUCUUCUACGAUAGCGAUUGGAACCCUACCAUCGACUCGCAAGCUAUGGAUCGUGCGCAUCGUCUCGGUCAAACAAAGCAAGUUACGGUCUACCGUCUUAUCACGCGCGGCACUAUCGAAGAACGCAUUCGCAAGCGCGCGAUGCAGAAAGAGGAAGUACAACGAGUUGUUAUUCAAGGAGGUGGCGCACGUGGUGUCGACUUCAGCGGUCGUCGUCCGCCCGAAAACCGCAACCGCGAUAUUGCCAUGUGGCUCGCUGACGAUGAGCAAGCCGAGCUCAUCGAGCGACGAGAGAAGGAGCUUCUCGAGAGCGGCGAGCUUGACAAGCAAACCAAGAAGCGAGGCGGCAAUAAGAGAAAGCGGGAGGCAGUCAGUUUGGAUGAAAUGUAUCAUGAGGGUAAGUCACCAUACGAGUUAUAUCGCUGUCAUCUAGAUCAACAUACUAACUAUACUUUCAUAGGUGAGGGCCACUUUGAUGAUGGUAACAAACCUUCUGGUACUGCUACUCCCGUUGAAGCUGGAGACGCAAAGGCUGCUAAGAAGCGUAAGAGCGGCAGUAAGAAAGCCAAGACCACGAAGCAGCGACUUGCCAUCGCCGAUGGAGAGAUGGACGGUUAACCUAUUACGAAGGGUUUACUUGUCACUUAAAUAUCAUCAGGUCUCGAAUACUACUUCUCGCAACAGAAGUCGAGAACCUUGUACAAAACCAGAGGAUCACGGCGUUAUAAUGGUAUCGAUUACAUGUGUGCAGAGAUGGGCUCUUGGCGGGACAAACACAAUCAUCAUAGAGCUCUAGUUAAUC